AAAGUAGUUUGGAACUAAUGUUAAUUUAAAUCAUUUUGCGUAUAUAAAAGGAGAGGGUCACAACUCACAAGAGAUAUAGUUGAAUAGAGGAAAGAGAGAGAGAGAGAUAGAAAGAGGGAAAGGAAAAAGAGAGGAUGGGUUAUUGUUAUACAAUUCGGCUGUGUUUGUGCAUCUUCUUUGCACUUUCGAUCGUCUCUUCCGCUCGAAUCACCUUAUCAUCAUUUUCAGAAAAUGAAAAGAUGGUGGAGAGAGGUAGAUCGUUGAUGGUGAGCACCAAUGACUAUGACAAACCAUCGGCCAACGCACGGCACAACCCACCAGGAAGGCGUGGAGGAGGUCGGAGACGGAGAGGAUGAAUACAAAUGUUUUUUUGUAUUGUUAAGAAAAAGAGAAAAAUUAAAUGUUCUGUGAUAUAUAUAAUAUAUGUUAUUGUAUUAUUAAAUAUUUAUAUGUGUGUUAUCUUUUUACAUAUAGUGAAUAAUAUAAUUUCGGCAUCUUAAAUAA